AUGAAUGAGAGGAAUCGUCUCCUUCCGCAGCUGCUAGCCGCCCCAUGGCUCCUGACCGUCAUCUGGCUGCUGUUAGUGGGCGGCAGUGGUGCCAACAUAACGGAGCCGGCGUCUCUCAGCGUGGUCAGCAUGCACACUGGGGACCAGCCGCUCUUCACAAGCCUGGUCGUGCACACCCCUGGAGCGGAGGGCUCCGCAGUAGCUGGCAGCCCUGACGAGCUGCAGCACGUGUCGCAGACGCAGCACUGGCCUUACACUGCCAGUCUGAGUCCGACGCAGGUCGUGGGGACAGAAGUCAGUGAAGUGAGUCCUCCUGAGAUCUCCACAUCCACCACUGCCCCAAAAACCACGCCUGCCAUGUCUUCGACUGCAGCCACUGACCUACAGUAUUUGCGUGGUCAACAUCAGCGGCAGAUGCAGACGUUGUACCACCAGAUGAGGCACCUGCCUCCCGAGUACAGUCAGAUUCUGAGGGAUCAGCUGCAGGAGAAACAACGGCAACAGCAACAGCAGCUGCAACAACAGCAGCUGCAAAAGCAACAACAGAGACGGCAACAGAAGCAGCAAAGGCAGGAACAACAGCAGAAGCAGCGACAACAGCAGGAGCAGCAGCAGAAACAGCAGCAGCUGAGCACAGCCCCACCAAUCAGCAGCUUGCUACUGACGCGCGGAAACGCCCUGUUCUUCCUUAACGACGUCGACGGCUCAUCCAGCCCGAGCGACCAGCUGCAGUCUCCAGCUGAAGUCGUCAGCCCCAGUGGGGGCCGUGACGCCUUCGACCACGCCAAGGCCCUCGGGAACAGCGACACUUUCCACCAGAGUGACGCCAUGCCUGCAACGACGCCCAUGGCCACUACACCACCCCCAGCGCCUUCACUUACCUCACCGCCUGCGUCUCCUCUUCAGAGCAUGCCAUACCGACAGCAGCUGCAGAAGCCUCACAGCUGGCCUCCACAACCAGUGGCAUCCCAGCAGCACCGUGAACAACAGCAGCUGCAGCUGCAGAGCUCCAGCUCUAGGCCUCAACAGCCACAAGCCUCCCAGUCCACAGAGCAGCAGCUGCAGCUGCAGCAGCUGAAGAAUCCCCACAGCCCUCCAAGGGAGUCACCACAGCCACAGUCCACAGGACAGCAGCUGCAGGGCCAGAAGCUCCGUGUCAAGCAAAAGCACCGUAGCAACAGACAUCGACACAACAAGCAACGUCCAUCAUCUUCUGACCACUCCUCCGUGUCUUCUGUGACGGACUUUGAAAAAAGCUCAGGAGGUGCCAGGGUGCCGCCACCGCCCACCUUUCCGCAGCUGGGCGGCCGCUGGGACGUGUCCACGCAGCAGCUGUCCACGCAGCAGCUGGCCCCGCAGCAGCUGCCCCCGCAGCUGGGGGCACCCGCAGGCUCCUUCGUAGCGCAGCUGCCACUCACACCGGGCAGUGGCCCAGACGCCGCAACUGUGCCGGCGCUGAUCCCCGCACGGCUGGUAACAGCGGCUCCACAGUUCGCGUCUUCACCUUACCUGUCCAGCUCCAGCGGCCUCCAGAUGCGGCCACCUGUCGCCGUCGCCGUCGCCCAGGCACAAACCCGGACCCCCCAGCCGUAUCACCAGGCCGCAGCACAGAACGCCACAGCCGAGGCGCCGCACCAUUCAGUCAGGCAGCCACCCGCCUACCCCCACCACGAGUACCAGCACCAACAGCCGGCCCUGGGUCCACAGCAUCAGUCGCCGGUGAGCACCAUCCUCACAGCUCCUGCUCAUGCCGCUGCCUACAGCCCAGCAGUCAGCUCCGUCACCACAGCACCUGUUCAUGCCGCGCACACCUACCUACAGACGGUGGCUGCCGCUGCACUACAACAACAGCAGCCAAGUGUGGUUCCUCAGACCCUGCACGAACAGCUGUACCACGACAGCCCAUUGCACAGUGGAGUAGUUGUCUUCCCAGAAGAGGCCAGGCAGCAGCUUUACCAGCAGGUUACUACUCCAGUGCCGCCUAUAUCGAGGCCAAAUCCCCAUCACCAUGGCCCGCUCCACAACGGCGCUAUUCUCGUGUCACACGUCCCUAGACAACACGAACACCAGCAAAGUCAAGUGUACUACAAUGGUGGUAUACUGCUACCAGAAGUCUUGAGGAAAUACUUGUAUCCCAACCAGGUCAACAGUAUUGCUCCUCUACACAUAAAUUCACCCAGAGAUCACUACCACCAGCAGAAUCUAGUACAGCACGGUGCUAAUCUGGGACAGAUUCAGCUGAGACAACAGCCCUACCAUCACAUUCAAGUACAGGGAAGUGCUACGCAGUUAUCAGAUGUGCCGAGACAGCAACCAUAUCAGCAGGGAAAUGUUCACCACAUUGCUACUCUGGGAUCAGAUAUACUCCGACUGCAACCACAUCAACAAGGCCCUUUAAACAAUGGCGCUGCUACGAGGCAGCAUCCGCACCAGUUGAGUCCAGUCAAUAGUGCCGUGCGGUCUACCGUCCCCAACAGCGCUGCAGCCUCCAGUGGAAGAGUAGUCGUCUCAGUGGAACCGGCAAUAGUCAAGUCACUGUCCUAUCAGCAAACAGCAGUAGUUCCAGAACAAAAGCCACCACUACACAGUUCUGGCACUUCAUCGUCAGUCUACCAAUCGCCUGGUGGUCAACAUAUACAAAUGAUCACUGCAGUGCCGUCUCAGUCAACAAUUCUACUACCAGUAUCAUCAAACGUCCACCACACUUCUCCACAUCUUGCGACAACAUACGUGCGUCCCCUACAAACGAGCAACAAUGUGGUCCAGGAGCCUCAACACAUGAUGAGUGACAAUGGUUUCAGGAUCAGCCAUGACAAACACGCUGCAAUACGGGGCUAUACUGGAGCGUCUCCAGUGAGUGUCAUCUACAGAAGCAGUAUCGGUGUGACGUCACCCAACAACAGGGCGCCACACAGGGAUGGAGCUGGAAGACCACAGAGGCACAACAAUGACCUGCAGACACCAGUCAAGGUUGACCUCAGACCUCCACCACCUGUAAUACUGUGA